AACCGUCGCAGCGGAAGCAUAUUCUGUAGCCGAAAACCCUCAACCCUCAGUCAACUUCAACAUGAACUUCAGCAAGAUCUUCCUGUUCGUGGUGCUGGCCACACUGCUGCUCGCCGUCGGCCAAACCGAAGCUGGCUGGCUGAAAAAGUUGGGCAAAAAAGUGGAGAAGGCGGGACAGCGAGUAUUCAAUGCCGCCGAGAAAGCGCUACCCGUGGCCACUGGAGUAAAGGCGCUCGGAAAGUGAUGGUGGCCAACAACCAACCAAGUACCGUACACCGAAUUACGAGCCAUAGCGAGUAAGGGCCGUACAUCUUUCUACCGGGCAGGAGGUUCCGCAGGAGAGUACGUAUGCGUACUGUGAACGGUGUUCUCUCUGGACGGAUCGACACGUAUCGCCGACAUCGUUUCUAAGAUGAUAAAUAACGUAAAAGAAUAAAUUAAAAGCAUAUAUUAUAAAAAUCAGCUCGGAUUUUCGAAAAACGAAUGAACAA